AUGCAAUGCAGCUCAUCCCUUGGCGAAAUGCAAGAUUUCGUAGAGAAGAGACUCGAGGAACGACUACAAGUGAUGAGGAAAGCUCAGUUAUGCCAUAAUUGCUUCAAGUGCGGCCACAUUGCAGUGGGAUGCUUAGCAAGGAGUACAUGUGAAGUCCAAGGUUGCGCGAGAAGACACCAUACUUUACUUCACCCUCCGCGCUCACAGCAAUCUGUUGAAAACAGAACCAGAGCAGUAGAACAAGGAACCCAAGUAAACAGUGACACGCCGUUACCAAGUGGACAGACUAACAGUACCUCAGCAGGAGGGGGAGAGGUUUGCCUCAGGGUGGUCCCUGUGAAAGUCCGAAGUCGUGAUGCAAACAAGGCAGUGGAAACGUACGCACUUCUAGACAGCGGUUCAGUUAUCUCCUUAUGCGACAAGACUCUAGCGAGGGAGCUUGGAAUUCGAGGGCAAGAAAAAACAUUCUUCCUGACAACUCAAGAAAGAGAAGACAGCCCAAGAGUUGGUCAUGAUCAGCCUAACCGUAGAGUCACUUGA